AUGCGCCCAACAUCAUCAUCGACAUCACUGUUCAUGACAUCAACGCUACUAUCAGCAUCCACAAGCGAACGCUCGCAACCCCGUAAAAAGUCAAUACAGAAAGGUCGGGUCAGCAAAGCAGAUCGAGAACGUCGUGAACGAGAGCAAAUCAUGGCGAAACUCCGCCGUAUGAUACCACAGAAUCCCGAGAUCAUGGAUUGUUCGGAACUGGCGCUUGUCAAUGGCGCCAUGAAUUAUAUUAUUUACUUGACGGUUUGCCUACUUCUUACCGUUAACAGAAAAGAUCGUUUAACGGAUCAAUAG